AUGUCGGCGGCGGCACCCAACGCCGCCCCGGUGGAGCUGCCCGGGGACUCGUCGGAGUACAAGCUCCGGAAGCAGCUCCUGCUGCUGGCCGCGCUCGUGGUCAGCGUCACCUACGUGGCGGGGCUGGAGCCGCCGGGCGGGGUGUGGAAGGAGGACGGCGGAGCCGGUGGCGGCGCCAGGGCCGGCGCGCCCAUCCUCUGGUCCACCCACAGGCCUAGGUACCUGUCCUUCUACUACUGCAACUCGACCGCGCUCGUCGCGUCGCUCGUGGUCAUCUUUCUCCUCCUGCUCAAGAACCCGACGAGGGUCCAGCUCGCCGUGCUGCGGCUGGUCAUGGUGCUAGACCUGCUCGGCCUCAUGGGGGCCUACCUCGCCGGAAGCUGCCAGGAGAAGUCCGCCACCGUGUUCGCUGCCUCACUGGUGCUCGCCCUCUCCGCCUACGUUGGCGUCCACAUCCUGCAAGCGCUGUCCCACUCCCACCACGCACAGGCGGCACAGCCGGUGGCGGACGAGGAGGAGGAGGACGACGCCGCCGCGGCGCCCGGCGUCCUCAGGGCCAUGGAGCGGCGCAAGGUGGUGCUCCUGCUCGCUACCUUCUUGGUGGCCGUCACCUACGUCUCCGGGCUGAACCCGCCGGGAGGCUUCUGGGACUCGCCGGCGGCGCACGGCGGCGGCUACCAGCCCGGCGACUCGCUCGUGGAGGCGCACCACAAGGGCCACUACGGGAUGUUCUUCUACUGCAACACCACCGCCUUCGUCGCGUCCCUUUACAUCAUCGUCGUCCUCCUGGAAGAAAAGCUCAGCGCCAGGACCGCGCGCUCCAUCGCGCUCUACGUGUUCGUCUUCGGCGCGCUGCUGGGCCUCGUGGCGGCCUACACCGCCGGGAGCUGCCGGGACUCCAACUGCAGCGUCUAUGUCGUCAGCCUGUUCGGCGCUGUCCUCGCGUUCAUCUUCCUCGUGAUGGGGAUGGUGAUGGCGAUGAUGAUGGCAUUAUCGACAAAGAAGCGCCUCCGUGCCAACACCCCAAGCGCUGUUACUGCUAAUGUGUACGGCGGGCAAUCCGACACGAUCGAUCAAGCAACGAAGAAGGUCAAGUCUCUUGUCGUGCUUCUUGCCAAUCUCGCGGCGACCAUCACGUACCAGGCAGGGCUGGACCCGCCCGGUGGCUUCUGGCCGGAGGACGGCCAUGACGGGCACCGCGCCGGCGACGCGAUACUCCUGUCGGCGCAGCCGGCGCGAUACAAGGCCUUCUUCUACUGCAACUCAACUGCCUUCGUCGCGUCCGUGGUCGCCAUCGUCAUGGUCCAGAACGCGAGGCUGGUCAGGAGCCACACCUUGCUGGCGGUGAUGGUGCUGGACAUGUUCGCCCUCGUCGGCGCGUACGCCGCCGGGAGCUGCCGGGACCUCAUGACUUCCGUCGUCGUCGUCGCCCUGGCCGCCUCCGUCGUCCUGUACGUCGUGGUGCAGGUCCUCUUCUUCACGCUGCGCGCGGCGGAAACCACCAGCACGUUGCCGGAGAAGAAGCACAAGCAUCUCCUGCUGCUGGCCAUCCUGGUCGCCACCAUCACCUACCAAGUCGGGCUGACCCCGCCCGGUGGCUUCUGGAUCAGCGACGACCGGCGGCUCGGGCACUACGCGGGCCACGCGGUCCUCCUCGACAGCAACCCACGGCACUUCAAAGCGUUCUUCUACUGCAACACGGCGAGCUUCAUGGCGUCCAUGGCGCUCAUCCUCCUCCUCGUCAACCCCAACCUGCACCGGCUCGCCAUCCGGUGCUACCCGCUCUACGCGUGCCAGGUGGCAGGGCUGUUCGGCCUCAUCGGCGCCUACGCCGCCGGCAGCGCCCGGAGCUUGCGGACAUCCGGCUUUUUGUUCGUGCUCGUCGGCGCAGUGAUCGCCGUCAUCGUCCUCAACAUAACCGUGCUCGACUUCGUCCAACGGAGCACCGCGCCCGGGGAAGAGCACGGGCCAAGAAACGCCGACGAGACGGAGUACCGCGACGAGGUGUACGCCAAGCGCAAGUACCUGAUGCUUCUCGGAAUCCUGGCCGCGAGCGUCACCUACCAGGCCGGCCUCGCGCCGCCGGGCGGCGUGUGGCAGGACAACGGCGGCAAUGGCGCCCGCCGGCGCGAGGCGGGGAACUCGGUGCUCCAGGACACCAACAGGCGCCGCUACCACGUGUUCUUCUACAGCAACUCCACGUCCUUCGUCGCGUCCGUGGUCGUCAUCGCCCUGCUCCUGCAGCAGAUCCUGCGGCGCCGCCGCGCGAACCCGGCGGAGAGCCCCGACCUGCUCCUCGUCGCCACGAACACGGCCGUCGUCGUGGACCUGCUUGGCCUCCUGGCGGCCUACGCCGCCGGCAGCACCAGGGAGUGGGAGAGCGUCGUCGUGGUCACCGUGCUCGUCGUGCUGUUCAUGGUGAUCCAUGCCACUGUCUGGUUGUACCGCGAGAGACGCCGUCGUGGCAGCGUGGCACAUGCUAACCAGGGGCACCCUCAAAUGGAAGGACAAGUGCCAAAUGGCCAAGGUCAUGGCCAGACUUCCCGAUGUGAGGAGGCCACCUAA